AUGGUCAGACCGUCAAAAUACGCUCAGCCCGCCGACACCGUAAGUCUUUAUCGCGCCUUUUGGGCUUAUUGGCACGCACUUGGUAUCUCAACAGCAUACAAUAAAUACUUGUGCGGCGUUUACGAUGUGUUCGUGAAUAUAUUUGUGACCAUUUUCUACCCAACGCAUUUGAUAGUCGGUCUCUUCCUCAAUCCCUCACCAGCAGAUCUCUUUCAAAAUCUAUCCAUCGCCAUCACUUGCUUUGCUAGCAGCGUGAAACAUUAUUUACUGCGUCGCCAACUACCAGAAAUUCGAGACGUUCAAGCACUACUCGCCGAGUUAGAUAAGCGUGUCGAGGAUGCGGAUGAACGCGAAUAUUUCCAUCGUGAACUCGCCGUGGGAGCAAGGAAUGUAGUGAAAUUAUUCACCGUCGUCUAUGGAGGUGCGAACAUUGCGGCAAUUUCGGCUACACUGCUGAGCAAAGAACGUCGUUUGAUGUAUCCGGCGUGGCUGCCAUUCGAAUGGCAAGCGAGUGCGUUCACCUUCUACGCAGCGGUGAUUUAUCAGUUUGCUGGUGUCACAAUACUAAUCGUGCAGAAUCUGGCCAAUGACAUUUAUCCGCCAAUGAGUCUCUGUAUUAUAGCCGGACAAGUGCAUCUUUUGGCGAAGCGUGUAGCCAAAGUGGGGGCGGAUGGCAAGAAGACGAUGAGCCAACAUAACCAAGCAUUAAUCGAAUGUAUCGAAGAUCACAAGAAGUUGGUGCGCAUCUUCAAAUGCACACAGGACACGCUUUCGCAUACUCAAAUGGCGCAAUUCAUUUCUAGUGGCUUGAAUAUGUGCAUAGUGUUGUUCUAUUUGAUAUUCUAUGUGGAUAACUUUUUCUCCUACAUUUACUACGCACUUUAUUUGGUUAGUAUGGCCAUUGAGUUGCUGCCGAGCUGUUAUUAUGGUAGCAUCUUGAUUUAUGAGUUCCAGCAGCUACCGUCUGCCAUCUUCGAGUGUUCUUGGCUUGGGCAGUCACGUGAAUUUUAUUUGAAUCAACGAAUUUUCAUGGAACUUUCGCUACAGGCGAUUACCCCCUUGGCAGGUGGCAUCAUUGGCAUAAAUCUCAAUUCAUUUUUGGGCACUUGCAAGAUGGCCUAUUCGUUGUAUGCGGUGUGCAAUCGAAUGAAGUAG